AUGAAGUCAUUCGUCAAUUUAAUCGGUGACUUCGCCAAUAUGAAUCGAACUCCGGAUUAUAAAGCAAAAAAUCCGCAGUCCACCACCAACACAGAUCCGUCUUUACCAGGAGGCGCUCGUAUUACUAAUCGACGACACUCAUUGAAUCUGACAGUCGGCGUCUCGGUGAGUUUCAUGGUUUUCAACUUGAAUUACACAUGA